GCGAAUUUAGUGGCAAACGAGCCAGCCAGUCGACCAGACACACGAGAGCGCGAGUUUGAAAAGCAAAAACCUGGCCCAAACUGAAAUUCAAAACCGAAAACGAAACGAUCGCAUAUUGCAACGAGCGUGGGCUGCAAUCGGAAGUGUUUGAAAAAGAUAAAUAUUUAAAAAGUACACAAAACCCAGCAGCUGGAGCUGGAACUAAUUGCCUAUAAUGAAGAUAGCCAAAAUUGGCAAGAGCUGAGAAAUAGAUAAUUCGAAACAAAAUCUUGUGCGUGUGUACGGAGCCGUGAAAAGCCAACGGAAACUAAAUUGCAAAUUAAAUCGGAAAAAUAUUCGAAAGCACCGGAGGAUCACCAUGAAAUCGUGGCUGCUGGCUCUGGUGGCCCUGGCAGCAGUGGUUUCUGGCAGCCAGACUCCCAGUCCAAAUCAGUAUCACAUCCAGACGGACGAGGGGCCGGAGCGGUACUUCCGCUUCCAAACGGACAGCGGACAGUUCCGCAAGGAGAAGCGGCUGCAGGAUGGCACCGUCAUAGGCACCGAGGCCUGGAUCGAUGCGGCUGGCUACCUGCGACAGAAGGACUACAUUGCCGACAAGCAGGGAUACCGGAUACUCAAGUCCAAGACGAUCUAUGUGGGCCUGGGAAGGGCAGUUGAGGACGCCAUCAAAUCCACGAAGGCGGCUCCUGCCCAAUCGGGAGUCCUGGUGCAUGGCGGCUCAUCAGGAUCCUCGGUCAACAGUCUGGGCAGCUAUCAACGUCCCAACUAUGGCUAUGUUUCCAGCACCACAUCCACCACGACUGCGGCACCACCACCACCACCUCCACCCGCUCUCCUGGACAUCGAGGACUCCGGCGUGGGCAAGCUUAACUACCUGCCCCCCGAGCAGGCUGCCAAGAUUGAGCCGCAAUCCCAGCUGGGAUUCGAUCACUAUCCGGAUGAGUUACCCCGGGCGAGGGAUCAGUUAUUGUCGCCCCUCCCGGCCACGCCCCUCAACCCGCUGGUGGACAUCCAUCCCAAUGCUGAGCCUGUUCUGGACUUGGAACUGAAUGCCAUCAAUGUGUACGAUGCUGAGGCAGAUCGAGCAUUUGGCCAUGGACAGUUUGGUUCGGUUAUCAGUUCCACAACGGCCAGACCGCCUUCGCUGGACAUGCUACCACCUCUGAGUGCCCACCGGCGUCGCCUGCGUCCGCGUCCAACUCCAUCGCCCAUAGCCAUCGUUUCCAGUACACCAGCACCCAUUUCUGGCGGGGAUUUGUAUGGCUACUCCACGCCGCAGCCCUUUGCUGCGCCUGCCUAUCAGUUUGCCCCACCUGUCUCUUCUUCCGGCACGGGAUACGGUUACUAUCCCCCGCCCCAGUCUCCACUGGAGGUCAACUCCCUGGAGGCUGCCCUACUCCCACCCCUGCCUUCCAGCUCUUAUCGAAGACGGCUGCGUCCAAGGCCAGUCCAGAGUAAUCACCUGGAGGGAUUGGCCGCCUCCGAAUACGAUGGCGUGGGCGUGACCCGUAAUGGAUUCCGCUAUGUGCUGCCCAAGCAGUAUCACGAGGAGGAGACGAAUCCGGCGGAUGGAAAGCGAGCGGGCAGCUUUGGCUACGUGGACCCCUUUGGCAUCCGGCGGGUGGUCUACUAUAAUGCAGCUCCCGGAAGGGGAUUCGUCCAUCGGAACAACAACCAAUAUGUGGGCGCCAAUGGAGCGCCCUACGAUGCUCCGGGUCCAGCGCAGCUGGUCAACGAAUAGGGAAUAGGAUCAUUCAUGGAGAUUAGUGUGGGUCGAUUUAUUGUGUAAAUGGAUUGUUGGUUUGCGAAAUCUUAGAUAAAUGGGUAAUAUAUUCAUACGAUUUUUUAAAUACGGUUAUUAGUCACAUUUUCGAAAAGAAAAAAAUUGGAAAAGGAUAAUAUGUUAUGUGAUUUUCAAUGUUUAUAUGUCCCUUGAAUUCUAAACUUCUGGAUACUAUCUUAAGAUUUGAGUUAGUCCCCCUGUAUCAUGAUAAUCGACCCAUGCUAAUGAAGGUGCUGCACUUAACCCGUCUCCCGACUCACUCAACGAGGCACCAAAACUAACCGUAGAACCUCAACCAGGGGACAGUCCCCACUUACGAUUAACCUGUACAUAUAACCACGCUUAAACCUUCCCCUUCUCAAGAACCCACUAUUUUAUUUUCUUUCCUGCACGCACACACACAAAGAAAACGACAUCUGUGUUAAUUAAUUUAAUGCUUAAUCACAUUUAAAUGUAACAUAAUUUAUAAAUCGAAACUAUGUGCAAUUAGCGCUUAGCAUAGGUCUAUUAGGGGUACUCACUGCCGCGCACAAAAGCAAAAAUUGUGUAUGUGAUUGGGGAGAAAUCGUUUCACGUAUUAAUCUUGCCAUAUUAACGAAAAGUAAAUAAAUACAACUCUCUGUUCAUCCCCUAAAACUCCCCAUUUCGCCCCUUAGCGUAAUUGAAGACGUAUGAUUAACCGUUUUUUGGGCAAUAGCUAUUCAUUUGAAAAGGAAUGAAUACCCGUUGCCUGGAAACUUUAGCCAAGUAGUGCGAAAAAUUAUUUUGUGUAUUGUUAAUAAGUUCGAAGAUAAUAAAUAAUUAUUUAAAUGAUAAAUAUA